CGUCCUCCUUAUACCUAGUAGGCCAAAAGCUCAUAGCCGCUAUAACCAGCCCUCGGUCCAUAGGGUUCUUUCUCUUUCCUGAGUUCAAGCCCAUCUUCUUCAUCUUCCUUGCACCUCCAAUUUCUAUGAAAAAAAUAGAAACAUAAACCAGAAAAACCCUAAACCCUAGUCACGCGUUGCAGAGUUGUUCUCAUCUGCCAUUGGAAUUCUUCUUGCAAGGCUCUUCGCAUAGAUGGCUACCCUUACUGAUAAUAAUGAGGCACCAAGUCCGGAUUCCCUGCCUAACAAGCGCAGAAGAAAGAAAUCCAUUGUUUGGGAUUACUUCACAAUUGAAACUGUUGAUGCUGACUGUACCAGGGCCUUCUGUAACCAGUGCAAAAAAUCAUUUGCUUACAUUACUGGUUCAAAGUUAGCAGGCACCAGCCACCUCAAACGGCACAUUGCCUUGGGGAUCUGCCCAGUAAGCCGCCGUAACCAGCAGGAGAAGGAUCGACGAAAUAUAUACACCCCUGUCAUUUUAAAAACUAAUGGUUCUGCUACAGAUCCACCAAGAAAACUUUACAGAACACCUACUGGUUCAACAAACAUAUUCUUUGAUAAGGAUUGUUGUAGCCGUGAGAUUGCCAAGAUGAUCAUUCUACAUGAAUAUCCACUUUACAUAGUGGAGCAACCUGGCUUUAUUGCUCUUGUACGAACACUCCAGCCUCAGUAUAAUAUGGUGAGCAUCAAUACUAUCGAAGAAGAUUGUGUGAGUUUGUACCUGAGAGAGAAGCAAAGCCUUUUUAACCUUCUUGUUGGAAUUCCUGGACGUGUUAGCCUUACUUUGGACUUGUGGACCUCGGAUAAAAGCCUAGGCUAUGUAAUUCUAACAGGACACUUCAUCGAUAUCAAUUGGAAAUUGCACCGGAGGAUCCUUAAUGUUAUCAUGUUGCCAUUUCCUGAGUCAGAAGCUGCCUUCAGUUAUGCUGUUGUUGCUUGCCUAACUGAUUGGAGUUUGGAGAGCAAGCUAUUUACUCUCACUCUUGAUCAAUCCUUGGCAAAUGAAAAUGUGAAAGGGAAUCUCAGAGGUUUACUAUCAAUCAAGAAUCCGCUUGUUCUAAAUGGUCAGCUAAUACUUGGGACCUGCUUUGCCCGGGUUUUGAGGGAUCUUGCACAAGAUGCUUUAGAAUCAGUUAGGGAAACCAUUAAGAAAAUCCGUGAAAGUGUUACAUAUAUUAAGACAUCGGAAGCUCACGAAGAAAAAUUUAUUGAACUGAAGCAACAACUUCAAGUGCCCAGUACUAAGGGCCUAGUCAUUGAUGACCAAAGAAAAUGGAAUACCACUUAUCAUAUGCUUGUGGCUGCUUCUGAAUUGAAGGAAGUAUUUUCUUGCUUUGAUACUUCUGAUCCAGAUUACAAAGAGACACCAUCAAUGGAUGAGUGGAAAGAGGUGGAAACUCUCUGCAUUUACUUGAAACUUUUAUUUGAUGCAGCCAACAUUUUAGUUGCCCCAACAUACCCUACUGCCAAUAUAUUCUUUCAUGAAGUGUGGAAAAUUCAGCUUGAGCUGACGCAUGCUGCCACGAGCCAGGAUCCCUUUAUUAGCAGUCUGAUCAAACCAUUGCAGGAAAGGUUUGAUAAAUAUUGGAAGGAUUGCAACCUUAUUUUGGCAAUUGCUGUUGUUAUGGAUCCAAGGUUUAAAAUGAAGCUUGUGGAGUUCAGCUUUUCCAGGAUUUAUGGUGAGGAUGCUGAGACCUGGAUCAAGGUCGUUAACGAGGGUGUUCAUGAACUCUUUCUUGAAUAUAUCGUCCUAUCACUUCCUCCACCAACUUUCGUUGAUGUGAUAAACGAAGGUAUUACCCCAGGAAAUGAAGGUUUUAUAAAAACAGAGAUACCUCAGGAAGAAAGCCUUCUUUCAAAUGGUGAUGGACUUUCCGAUUUUGAUGUUUAUAUCUCUGAGAUCAUGGGUAACCAGCAGAUGAGAUCAGAGUUGGAUCAGUAUCUUGAAGAAUCUCUUUUGCCUCGAGUACAAGACUUUGAUGUUCUGAAUUGGUGGAAACUGAACAGACAAAAAUAUCCAACUCUCUCUAAAAUGGCAUCUGAUAUUCUGUGUGUUCCAGUCUCCACUGUUGCUCCUGAUUCGGUGUUCGACAUUGUAAGUAAGAAGGUGGAUAGCUAUCGGAGUUCAUUAAGACCUGUGACCCUCGAGGCCAUUAUAUGUGCGAAGGAUUGGCUCCAGGACAGACAUUCACAUUUUUCGUCGGAACCAACCACAAUUGUUAAAAUGGAAUCUUAGCUUUCUGGUUCUUAUAUAGGUUUUUUCAUGGAAUUCUUGAAAAAAAAAGUUACUUUAGCUUUCAGAUAAAAAUAUUCAUUUUGCAGGUCUCUUCUUACUUUU